AUGGUUUAUUUAAGGCGUUCUAUUGGUUUGGCUGGAACGAGUACUGGCAAUUUAGCUACCUCCAUUAGGCAGAUAUAUAACCAAGAAGUUGUGUUGAAUCCUGAAGGUGCACAUGAUUAUACUCAUUUACAGUCCCGGUCGAGCCUCAAUAAAAUGAGACGUCGUCGAUGCCCGGUAAAUCCGAAAACGGUUGAUCAGUUGGCACAUAUCCUCAACGAACCAAAGGCUAUAGCCUAUGUUUCAACCCUGCAUCACCCAUCCUCAAGAUUUUUUCAGCAUAAUUUUCCAUUAAUGGUAGAUGGAGAACGUUUAGGAGUAAUAUUUGCAAAUACUGAUGCCAUUGAAAAAUAUAAAGGAGAACUACUUCAGUCAAUCACAAUGGCAGGAAUAGAUGGAACUUUUAAGACUGUUCCAAAAAAUCCAACCGAUUUGAAAAAGGGUUGCCUACUUACUUUCCAUAUAGUGUUCAGAAAUGUGUCUUUUCCAAUGGUGUACGCAUUGACUACAAGGAUGACCCAGUCCACUUAUGAGUCUGUCCUCAGAAGUGUACUACAAAUUUUACCACUGAACUACAACCGACUUACUAUAAUAACUGAUUACGAACGAGGUUUAAUGAACGCUGUGAGGAUACUAUUUCCGCAUACCAAGCUUCAGGGGUAUUGGUUUCAUUACUGUCAAUCUGUUAUCCGGUACUGUAAACGAAGCAUGCAUAGUCUAUACGAUCUAUUCCAAACUACUGUCGAGGCUGCUACAGUUUUACGCAUGGUGUUGCUCUACCCCACCUUCCUGCUGAAGCCCAAAUAA